ACCAGCAAGAGACGUAACGAGCAGUCGCCAGCUGGUGGCCGGUCUACGUGGAUCGCGGAGUCGUCGUGAGCGUGUGCCAGUGUGUAUUUUUUGUUUCGUCGCGCGUACGUCGUGCACGCAUAGGCGAUCCGCGCGCGAUAAGCGGUAUUCCACGGGAGAGAAGCGAUCAACAUGACGACUAGUUCCCGUUGACUCGCUUUCGAACGAAGUGAUUCUCGUACGUUACGCCGCGCGAGCACGAUACACAUGCGUACACGGUAUAUACGUUCGUACCGCAUAGUAUUAUAGAUACAUAUAUGUGCAUAUAAAUAUAUACACUCCGAUGAGAGUGUGGCCACGGGCAGGAUGUCGUCGGUGUUUUCGAAGCUAAUCGACAAGACGUCCGCUAAAUACGGCAUCAGGCAGGAACUGCUCACGCGUGGCGUCGUUGGCGCGGUGACGACGCUGUAUCUGCUAAAGAUCGGUUACCCGUUGGUCGCUUCGAGCAUCGCGCCGUACCUGCAAAAAACGAGGAAACGAGAUGACAGCCCGUCGAUGGUUCCCAACCGGUGCAAGACCGACGUUCGCGGUAAAUCCCCGGUCAAGGCGGGGAAGAACGUCGGUCUGGACCGGAACUUCGUUAAACAGCUGAUCGCGCUGUUGAAGAUCAUGGUCCCUGGAUGGAGAACGCGCGAAGCCGGAUUACUCACUUGCGCCACUCUCACGCUCCUCACGAGGACUUUUCUCUCGGUUUACGUCGCCACUCUGGAGGGCCAGAUAGUGAAAAGGAUCGUGCUAAGAGAUGUACGCGGCUUCCUGAGGAUGCUAGCGAGAUGGUUCGCCAUCGCUUUUCCCGCUACUUUCGUCAACUCGGCGAUCAGAUACCUGGAGGGCCGACUGGCUCUUAGCUUUAGGGGACGCCUGGUGGAGCAUGCCUACAAAAUGUAUCUGAGUCAGCAAACUUAUUAUAGAGUAGCGGCGUUAGACAAUAGACUCGGUGGUGCCGAGCAAAGACUGACAGACGAUUUGUCUGAACUGGCAAGUUCUGUGGCGCACCUGUACUCGAGUCUGACCAAACCGUUGCUGGAUUGCGCGUUGGUGGGCCUCGCGCUUAUUUCGUUCUCGUCCAAAAUGGGGGCAAGGAGGAUACAAGGACCAUUAUUGGCGUCCACGGUGAUCGCUCUAACCGGGCAAAUCUUGCGUCUCGCCUCUCCAAAGUUUGGUCAACUGGUGGCUGAAGAAGCAUCGCGACGCGGACGGCUGAGAGAAGCCCAUGCUCGUAUCAGUGCGCACGCGGAAGAGAUUGCAUUUUAUGGCGGACACUGUACGGAGCAUCGGUAUCUAAGUACCGCGUACAAGUCGCUCGUCUCACAUUUGAGACGGGUUCUAGGAGUGAAAUUGUGGUACGUGAUGCUGGAGCAAUUGCUUAUGAAGUACGUGUGGUCCGGCACUGGACUCCUCGUUAUUGCUAUGCCGUUACUUUACACUACGGUCACUUCAGGGAGUGCGGGCGACAAUGACGACGGCGACGGCGGCGUUAGCGAGAGGACUAGAUAUUUGACGACUUCUAAGAACCUCUUAAGCUCUGGAGCGGAUGCCGUGGAGAGACUAAUGUCGUCUUACAAAGAACUAGUAGCACUGGCAGGAUACGCGGCGCGAGUCAGCGAGAUGUUAGAUGUAUUCAAAGACGCUGCGCUCUGUAAAUAUAGAAGAAACGUCGUUAGUAGUCCGCUGAGAAUAGCGAACGGUACUGGAAAUAACGCUUUAGACAAAAUAAUUGAAAUGAAGGACGGUGCACCGGUGAUAAAAGGAAUCGUCGAGGAAAGUACGGAUGGCAGUAUAAGCGUGAUCAAUGUGCCAAUAGUUACACCAAACUGUGAAGUCAUUGUGCCUAGGUUAACGAUUCACAUAAAACCUGGUGAUCAUAUAUUAAUCACCGGGCCAAACGGAUGUGGAAAAAGUUCACUGUUCCGCAUUAUCUCUGGCCUGUGGCCAGUGUACGGCGGCACUUUGAUAAGACCAGCCGAGAGUUACUCCGGGAGGCCAGCGUUGUUCUAUAUACCGCAAAAACCGUACAUGACCGUCGGUUGUUUGCGAGACCAGAUCAUAUAUCCUGCAGAGUCGCAGACGGAGGACUGCUCGGACGUGGAGCUCCUGAAACUGUUGGAAGAGGUCGAUUUGCGAGGAUUGGCGGAGAGGGAACCGGAGGGACUAGAUGCAUUCGGUGAUUGGGACUCUACUUUGUCUGGUGGUGAGAAACAGAGACUCGCGAUGACUCGAUUGCUCUAUCACAAGCCGCAAUACGCUCUGUUGGACGAGUGCACCAGCGCAGUGAGCCUCGAGGCUGAGGGGGUCAUAUACGAAACUGCCAAGAGGAAAGGCAUAACGUUACUGACCAUCACACACCGUGUGGCUUCGCUCGCGAAAUACCACAAACUGCUGUUACGCUUUGACGGGGAAGGCAGUUGGGCUUUCGGCCCCUUGGACGCAGAAAGUUCAACCCUGUUGGUGAACCAUGAUCUCGAUCAAACCGAGGAACACGAAGUGAAACGAAGCCUAAUGUUGCACGAAUUUCGUGACAUCCAUCCGGAAGACUCGAAAGUUGGAAUCAGCUGAAAAGGACUCAGCGAGAUGUUUGAAACCGUUCUAGCAAAUUCAUGUAGAAAUCUGCGAAAUUGUAAAUAUAUCUUCGAGAAUGUAUUUUGUACAGAAGUUAACUGCGAUUUCUGAUUAAAUAAUCUAUUUUUAUAUGAGGAAAAGUUGCUAUUUAAU